AUGGCACAGCAGGCAUUGAAGUCGCGUACACGGGGCGACUACAAGUUUCAGCUCGAAUACAGGACAAGAUGGAGCGACAAUGACAUGUACCACCACAUGAACAACAGCGUCUAUUACUAUCUAUUUGACUCCGUAGUCAAUACAUAUCUCAUCCAGCACUGCUCGCUGCACCCACCUACCUCCCCACAGAUCGGCCUCGUCGUACAUUCGCACUGCGAUUACCUCGCCCCUGUCGAGUUCCCCUCCGUCGUAGACCUCGCGUUACGAGUCAAUAAGCUUGGGAAGAGUUCCGUCACAUACGAAAUUGGUGUCUUCGAAAGAGGCCAAGAGGAGGUCAAAGCUGUCGGCGAGUUCAUCCACGUCUUUGUGGACCGCGACAGUCGCCGACCUGGAAAGGAUGGCAUGAGUGAAGAUCUCAAGGCCGGGCUGGAAAAGCUAUUGGCAGAGAAGUCGAAGCUGUGA